AUGUCCGACGACUCGUCCGGCGCCAUGAGCAAAAACCAGCAGAAGCGCCUGGCGCGCCAGCAGCGUCGCCAGACCAGGAGCCGCCUCAGCGAGGAGCAUCGCAGCGAAUCGGAGCAGCGACGGCGCGAGAAGGAGGAGGCGCUGGCCCAGCAGGAGACGCCCGAGAUGCGCAGUCGCUACGGCGAUCUGCCCCUGGUCCAGAGCCAGGAGCGCCGUCGUGAGCCCCGCAUCCGCCUGGAAGACAUCUCGCCCAGCCUCAUCGGCCAGCAGGUCACCUUCACCGCGCGGCUGCAUAUCGUGCGCAACAUGAGCGCCCGCCUCGUCUUUCUCGUCUUCCGCCAGCAGAUCACCACCUUCCAGGGCGUCCUGCACGCCGAUGACGGCAAGCGCUCCACCGCCAUGGUGCAAUGGGCCGAGCGACUGCGCACCGGCACAAUCGUUCGCGUUCGCGGAACCCUGCAGACGCCCGCCGUGCCCGUCCUCGGCUGCACCAUUCACGACGUCGAAGUGGCCAUCGACGAAUUGCACGUCGUCGUUCGCCGCGAAGAAUCCGUGCCCUUUUCCGUCUACGAGGCCGAGAUCCGCACCGAGGAGGAGGAUCGCGCCGAAGGGCGUCACAGCCACAUCCCGGACCGCACCCGUCUUGCCAACCGCAUCCUCGACCUGCGGACGGGCACCUCCCAGGCCAUCUUCCGCCUCCAGUCUGCCAUUUGCAACCUCUUCCGGGCGGCCCUCGACGAGCGCGGCUUCAUCGAGAUCCACACGCCCAAGCUGCAGGGCACCGCGACCGAGUCCGGUGCCAGCGUCUUCGAGCUCAACUACUUUGGCCGCCCGGCCUAUCUCGCCCAGAGUCCCCAGCUGGCCAAGCAGAUGGCCAUCGCCUCCGACUUUGAGCGCGUCUACGAGAUUGGCGCCGUCUUCCGCGCCGAAAACUCCAACACCCAUCGCCAUAUGACCGAAUACACCGGGCUGGACAUCGAGAUGGCCAUCGAGGAACACUACCACGAGAUGAUGGAGACCAUCGACGCCGUGCUCAAGCACAUCAUCCGGGGCCUCUACUCGCGCUACCGUCGCGAGAUCGACCUGGUGAAGCACCAAUUCCCGUCGGACGAUCUCGUCAUCCUGGACGAGACGCCCGUCAUCCGCUUCAAGGACGCGAUCAAGAUGCUGAACGAGUCCGGGUGGCUCAAUGAGGAUGGCUUACCGCUGCCGGAGGACGAGGACCUGCACACGCGCGACGAGAUCCGUCUCGGAGAGCUCGUCAAGGAGAAAUACGGCGCUGACUACUACAUCAUCGACAAGUUUCCCGCAUCCGCCCGCCCGUUCUACACCAUGCCCGACCCCGAAGAUCCCCGCUUCACGAAUUCGUUCGACAUCUUCGUGCGCGGGCAGGAGAUCGUCUCUGGCGGCCAGCGUAUCCACGAUCCCAAGAUGCUCGAGCAGAGUCUGCGACACAUCGGCGUCGAUCCGUCCGUCAUGGAAGACUACAUGGAAGGGUUCCGCUGGGGCGCUCCGCCCCACGCCGGCGCCGGCGUCGGCCUCGAACGGUUGCUGAUGCUCAUCCUCAAGCUGGGCAACAUCCGCCUGGCGUCACUCUUCCACCGCGACCCCAGGAGCUUCCCGCCCAAGCCGCCCGUGUUCCAGCUCCGCCAUCCCGAAUCCUCCACCGUCGCGCCGCCGUGGCAGAAGGAAGACCGGGGCCGCAAGGCGGCCGGCGAGCACGAGAUGCAGCCCCUCGAGGAACUCAUUGCCAACUACGGGGAUGCCACGUCGACCUCCUGGACCGACGAGCGCUACCAGAUUUGGCGCGACCCUGGCACCGGAGCCGCCGUGUCCUACGUCCCCAGUCACGGCUACGCCAUCAUCCCGGGCAACCCGCUCUGCGACCCCAGCCAGUACCACCGCAUCAUCAACUCGUUCCUGCACUGGCUCCGCAAGGAGACCAAGCUCAAACCCAUCUGGAUCCUCGUCUCGCCCCAGGUCGAGGAUCUGCUGGGCGAGAAAUUCGGCUGGCGCAGUCUGUCCUGUAUCGCUGAGGAGCGCGUUGAUCCGGCCCGCAACAUGACGGCCUCGGACGGAGAGGUGGCGCGCAAGAUCCGCCACGCCGAAGCGGAGGGUGUCCGGAUCGUGACUCUCGCGCAGGGCGAGCUGCCGUCGGAGGAGAUCCGGGCCAAGAUCGACAAGCGCAUCCAGGACUGGCUGAGCAACCGGAAGGGCACGCAGAUCCACCUGUCCGACAUCGCGCCCUGGCGCGACCCCAAACACCGCUGGUAUUUCUACGCCCUCGACAAGGAGGGCAACAUCGCGUCGUUUGUCGCCCUCGCCAUGCUGGCGCCGGCCAACGGCAUGCAGGUCAAGUACAGUCUCGACUUCCCCGGGGCCCCCAGCGGCACCAUCGAGCACAUCGUGACGCACGCCAUCCAGACGGCGGCGCGGGCGGGCGUCAAAUCGCUCACCUUUGGCGCUGGCGCCACGCCGCAGCUGGUGCCGGGCCACCACAUGAAGGGGACCAAGGUCCGCAUGCUGCAGCAUACCUACGAGGCGGUGGUCAAGCAGUUCCACCUGACGCGCAAGAGCGAGUUCCGGUUGAAGCUGGGGGCGCGUGAGGAGCCGCUGUACAUUGCCUACCCACCCCACGGGCUGGGGUCGCGUGGGAUCCGGGCCAUCCUUCACUUCUUUGAGGAUUGA